CCAAGGAUGGAGAACCGGCCUGGGUCUUUCCAGUACGUCCCAGUGCAGCUGCAAGGGGGGGCCCCCUGGGGCUUCACCCUCAAGGGGGGUCUGGAACACUGCGAGCCGCUCACAGUGUCUAAGAUUGAAGAUGGAGGUAAAGCAGACUUGUCCCAGAAGAUGAGGACAGGUGAUGAGCUGGUGAACAUUAAUGGCACUCCAUUGUAUGGCUCCCGCCAAGAAGCCCUCAUCCUCAUCAAAGGCUCUUUCAGGAUCCUCAAGCUGAUUGUUAGGAGGAGAAACACCCCUGUGAGUAGGCCACAUUCAUGGCAUGUGGCCAAGCUGCUGGAGGGAUACCCUGAGGCAGCCACCACCAUGCAUUUCCCUUCUGAAGCCUUCAGCUUGUCCUGGCAUUCAGGCUGCAACGCAAGUGACGUGUGUGUGCAGUGGUACCCACUCUCCCGACACUGCAGCACUGAGAAAAGCAGCUCCAUUGGAAGCAUGGAGAGCCUGGAGCAACCAGGACAAGUCACCUAUGAGGGCCACCUCUUGCCCACUGACCAGAACGUGUACCCCAACCAGCGUGACUCAGCCUACAGCUCCUUCUCAGCCAGCUCAAAUGCCUCUGACUGUGUCCUUUCCCUCAGGCCAGAGGAGCCUGCCUCUGCAGACUGUACCAUGCAAGGCCCAGGGCCAAGUAAGGUCCCCAGUGGCCGACUUAAUGUGGCUGACAUCUCAGGAAGUGGCCGACGUACUAAUGGGGGCCACCUGACCACUAGCCCUCAGAUGCCGUCCCACCCACAGGAGGGCCACCACUUGAGGGCUGCAAAAGCAUCAAGGGGACCACCGCAACCACCAGUGAGGCGAGACAGCCUUCAGGCCUCUAGAGCCCAGCUCCUCAGUGGAGAGCGGUGUAGCACACCUGAGCCCAUGGACUCCUUGCAACAGAAGGAGAAACUGAGCUCAGAGAUGUCCCCAAGGAACCCUAACAGGUUCUGCUGCCACAGCAGAAAAGACCAAGUGAUGAAUGAGGACCAUCAGAACUGUGAGUCCAGUCAGCCUCCUGACUCCGGCCAGCAGGGUUCUGAACAUCUGCUGAUGGAGACCUCAGCCAAAGCUGUUGGGUACCCCCAAACCUGUGAUAAGGCAUCCAGCAUAGAUCCCAGUCCACUCAACCAGCCUUCAGCAGAGCCAGUUAAGGCUUCUUCUAUUGGCAACCUGCCACACCUCACAGGGCUCACAGGGCAUCGCCACAGUGCCCCUGAACAACUGCUGGCAUCCCACCUACAGCAUAUGCACCUCGAUACUAGGGGUAGCAAGGGGAUGGAACUCCCAUCUGGGCAGGAUGGACACCAAUGGACUCUAUCCCCCUUGCAUAGCAUUCAUACAGGGAAGAAAAGUCUAUGUCCCCUUGCAGGAGGAGCCCAGGACCAACUCCUCAAAGAUAGAAAAACCAGGCCAAUUGACGAUAGUUCUGUGAAUUCUGAACACCAGAGCUCCAGCAGUUCCCCUCAUGGAGAUGCUGAAGAACAAACUCCAGGAAGAGGUUUUCUGGACCCAAACAGGAUAGGCAGUGAAUCGACAAGCCAGCAGCCCUCUGCCUCUGUUCCUCCUGCUCAACAAACCAGGGACUGUUCUUCAACCAUUAAAGUAACCAAUGGGAUAAAGGCAAUUGAAGAAGUCAGCCAUGAGUCCAAAGAAUGUGCCCGAAUGGAUAGUAAGCAAUGUGGCGGGACCCGGGGUCGCUCCAUCCAAAACCGACGUAAGAGUGAGCGUUUUGCUACCAAUCUACGUAAUGAAAUUCAGAGGAGGAAAGCCCAGCUCCAGAAAAGUAAGGGUCCUUUGUCACAGUUAUGUGACACUAAGGAGCCAGUGGAAGAGACUGAGGAGCCUCCAGAAAGUCCUUCACUUCCUGAUUCGAAUUCAUUUCUUCUCUCUUCAUAUAAAAAACCUCCUAGUCCCAGAAACAAGCUCUUCAAUAAGAGCAUGAUACUCAGGGCUAGAUCUUCAGAAUGCCUUAGUCAAGCCCCUGAAAGCUAUGAAUCUAGAACAGGCUUGGAGGGACAAAUAAGCCCUGGCCAGAGGUCUGGCCAGUCCUCUUUGGGCCUGAACACCAGGUGGAAAGCUGAUCCACCCUCUUCAGACUCUGAGAAAACAAAUGUUCACCAUGGAAUCCAUGGAGAUCAGUGGAGAUGGUCUCCAGAGCAUAACCUACAGCCACAUAUCCCACUUGCCAUGGAUGGUUCUUCCAACACAGGAGUCAACAAGGAAUUGAAGGCUUCUAUGACACAAGUUGGGGAGGAAGCCAUCCUCUUGCCCUUUGCAGAUAGAAGAAAGUUUUUUGAAGAGAAUAGCAAAUCUUUAUCCAUGUCUCAUUUGCCAGGUUUAACUACUCAUAACAACAAGAUUUUUACCCAGAGACCAAAGCCUAUAAACCAGAACUUCCAGCCAAUGAGCUCCAGCUAUAGAGAGCUGAGAUACCGUCCCAUGGACCAAUCAUAUAAUUCCAUGUCACCCCUUCAGUUAGAAACUCCUACUUAUCCUGAAUGCUUUGCAAACAAAGGCCUAAAACAAUCCAUGUGUCGGAAGCCACUGCACUGCGGUGAUUUUGAUUAUUGCAAUGCCUGCUCUUACUCCCCUAGUGUUCAGGGAGCUGUAGUCCAUGACUCUUGCGUUUAUUGCUCUGGGGACAUCUGUCCUGCCUUACUAAAGAGAAAUAUGAUGCCAAACUGUUACAACUGCCAAUGCCACCACCACCAGUACAUCCGGUGUUCAGCUUGCUAUCAUAAUCCUCAGCACAGUACCCUCGAGGAUAGCAGCUUGGCACCUGGCAACACUAGGAACCCCAGGAAGCUGGCAGUGCAGGAAUUUCCUGGGGACAAAUGGAAACCAAUAACAGGAAACAGGAAGACCAGCCAGUCAGGGAGGGAAACUGCUCAUUCCAAAGGUAGCUUUUCAUGGGCCAACCCUUUCCAUCGUUGUGUUGAGAACCCAGCACUAGACUUGUCAAGCUACCGAGCAAUUUCUUCCCUUGACCUGCGUGGAGACUUCAAGCAUUCCUCGAAGAAAACAGAGGAAACUUCAAUUUAUGAAGAGGGGAGCUCCAUUGCUUCCAUACCCCGUCCACUGCGCAGUCGUGCUUUCUCAGAGAGUCAUAUUAGCUUGGAGCAACAGAACUCCCGGGCCUGGGGUCAGAAUCGGAGGGAGCUCUAUGCCAAAGUUGAUGAGACCCAACCAGAACCUCUUGGAGCCAGGAAGAAGGCCUUUCCUCCUCCUCGCCCUCCCCCUCCCAACUGGGAGAAGUACAGGCUCCUUAGAGCUGCGCAGCAGCAGCAGCAGCAGCAGCAACAGCAGCAACAGCAACAACAACAACAACAACAAGAGGAGGAAGAAGAGGAGGUAGAAGAAGAGGAGGAAGAACUGCCACCCCAGUAUUUCAGUUCAGAAACCACUGUUUCCUCUGCCCUCAACACUGAGGAUGUGCUGAAGAGGCCACAACCCUUGCAUUUCGGUCACCUGGAGGUCUUGAAGCAGAGUUCACAAAGUCUCCCAGCAGAGCAAAAGUCCUUUGGUCUCCAUUCCAGCAAUUUCCUGCCUAAUCUACUUCUAAUAGGUGGCCCCUUGGGAUCGCAACCUGAGCAGGCUCCGCCCCCUUGCUAUUAUGGCACCGGUGGGCUUUGGAGGACACCAGAACAGCUGACCCUGGACAGCAAGGCUACUAACUCCCCCAAACAAGAAUUUCAGCACUUUUCCCCUCCUCGGGGGACCCCAGGGAUCCCUACCUCAUACUCAGCUUAUUACAAUAUUUCUGUGGCAAAGGCAGAGCUUCUGAAUAAGUUGAAAGACCAGCCGGAAAUGGCAGAGAUUGGCCUGGGAGAGGAGGAAGUUGACCAUGAACUGGCUCAAAAAAAGAUACAGCUUAUUGAAAGCAUUAGCAGAAAACUCUCUGUUCUGCGGGAGGCACAGCAAGGGCUGUUGGAAGACAUCAAUGCCAAUUCCUCCCUUGGGGAGGAGGUAGAGGCCAACCUGAAAGCUGUCUGCAAAUCCAAUGAAUUUGAAAAAUACCGCUUGUUUAUUGGGGACCUGGACAAAGUGGUCAACCUGCUUUUGUCACUCUCCGGACGACUGGCCCGAGUGGAGAAUGCUCUCAACAGCAUUGAUUCAGAGGCCAACCAGGAGAAGUUGGUACUGAUAGAGAAGAAGCAGCAGCUGACGGGGCAGUUGGCCGAUGCCAAGGAGCUGAAGGAGCAUGUUGACCACCGGGAGAAGUUAGUGUUUGGCAUGGUCUCCUGCUACCUGCCUCAGGACCAGCUCCAAGAUUACCAGCAUUUUGUGAAGAUGAAAUCUGCCCUCAUCAUUGAACAGCGAGAGCUGGAGGAGAAGAUCAAGCUUGGGGAAGAGCAGCUCAAAUGUCUCAAAGAGAGCCUACUCCUGGGGCCCAGCAAUUUCUAA